AUGUCAUCAAUUAUCCCUUCCCCCCCGUGGCUUUACAGUGCAGCAACCGGUGUUGCGGCGCAUGUUACGCUGUUCAGACACGGAGAAUGGGACGGCAGUGCACCCAAUAUUUUGAUUUCUUAUCUAGUGGUUUUCACUAUUCUGAAUGUGAAAAAUCUCGCUGAGUUGGUGACGGGUGUAAAAGAUCAGAGUGCUUUCCAACUUCUUUCAUGCCACUUCGUCGGUCUCUACGGAAGCAUCAUCGUAUACCGUGUAUUUUUCCACCGUCUACGCAAAUUUCCAGGCCCCCUUGCUGCUGCCGUAACAGCUUUAUAUGCCAGUUUCCUGCCGGCCAAGAGGCUUAACAAAUUCGAAGAAGUGGGAAAAUUACACCGAAAGUAUGGCGACUACAUGCGUCUAGGUCCCCGGGAACUGUCGAUAGCAGACCCGCGAGCUGUACCGUUUAUAUAUGGUCCUGCGUCGAAAACAACGAAAGGACCCUUCUAUGAUGGCGGUGAGCCAUACAUAUCGGUUCAUACCACAAGAAAUAAACUGGAGCAUGCCCGACGUCGUAAGGCGUGGGAUCGUGCUUUCAGCUUCAGAUCUCUCCGUGACUAUGAGCAUCGCGUGUCAAGAUAUAGUGCGCAGCUACUGUCGGCGAUUGCAGAGAACGUUAGUCGGCCCAUCGACAUGGCUCGCUGGUUCAAUUACUACAGUUUCGAUGUCAUGGGGGAUUUGACAUUUGGAAAAUCGUUUGAAAUGCUCGUAACUGGAAAGGAUGCCUACAUGCUCGAAACCUUGCAUAAGGAUAUGCAAUCCAUGGGACCUUUUCUUCAUGCAAUGUGGAUUCUCCCUCUUUUCAAGAAGAUACCUAUACUAAACAAGAGCUACCUAACAUAUUGCAAAUGGCUCAAUGCGCAAGUCGAUAUCCGAACGAAGAAUGAGCCCGAGAAACCGGAUGUCUUCACACAACUUUCGAGAGAGUUUCAGGCUGGAGCGAAGACAGAGAAAGACCGAUUGCAUUUCCAUGGAGAUGUCAACGUGGCUGUUAUUGCUGGGAGUGACACGACGGCAUCAACUCUAACCAAUCUAUUUUAUGAGCUAGCCAGCUCACCUGAAUUUACUCGCAUGCUUCAGUCUGAAAUAGACUCGGUUAAGGAAAAGACAUAUCAAGAGUUGUCCCAGAUGAAAUUACUCAAUGCCGCCAUUGAGGAAACAUUGCGCUUGCAUCCAGCUAUACCUUCGGGAAUGCAGCGUGUGACUCCCAAGAAAGGCGUCCAGAUCGACGAUACCUAUAUUCCAGGCGAGUGUUUAGUGCAGAUGCCUCUUUAUUCACUGUUUAGAGACGAACGUUGCUUUGCUCAGCCUAAUCAGUUCAUUCCACAGCGAUGGACGGACAGGCAAGACCUUAUUAAGGAUGCAUCCGUCUAUAUUCCAUUUGGACUUGGACCGUUUUCAUGCGCCGGCAAACAGCUUGCACUAAUGGAGAUCCGGCGUGUCACGGUUGACCUUCUCUCUCGAUAUGACGUUUCUUUUGCAAAGGGCCAAACCCACGAGGCAUUUUAUCAGGGACAGCAGGACGUGUUUACUUUGGUGUGUGGGAAGCUGCAGCUUCUUUUUACCGAGCGCGUUUCAGAUUAA